AUGCUCCCCGUACCCCGGAGCCACCGGGCGGGGAGGGCCGGGGCGGUGCCGCUGGAGGGACCGUCCCUUUCCCUCUCCCCGCCGGGGCGGUCCGGUGCCGGUGCCGGAGCCGGGGCCGUGCCGGUGCCCGGUGCCGCACCGGGCGGCGGCGGCGAGCGGCGGGACGUGCAGCGGGAGAUCCUGGCCGUGCUGGGGCUGCCCGGCCGGCCCCGGCCCCGCGCCCCGACCCGCGCCCCCGCCGCCGCCGCGCCGCUCUUCAUGCUCGAUCUGUACCACGCCGUGGCCGGCGAGGAGGAGGAGGAGGAGGAGGGCGAGGAAGCGGCGGUGUCGCGGCCGGUGCUCACCGGGCUCAGCACGCAGAGCCCCCCGCCCGGCAGCGUCGUGAGCCGAGCGGACACCGUGGUCAGCCUCGUUAAUAUGGUGGAGCAGGACCGGGAUCUGUUGUCACCCAAGCCCUACUGGAAGGAGUUCAGGUUCGACCUGACCCAGGUGCCGGCGGGAGAGGCCGUGACGGCCGCCGAGUUCCGCAUCUACAAAUCCCGGGGUGUCGCCAGGCACGCCAACAGCAGCCUCCACGUCAGCAUCUACGAGGUGGCUGGGCAGCAUCCCAACAGGGAAUCCGACCUGUUCCUGCUGGACGUGCAGGACCUGCGUGCUGGGACAGAGGGCUGGCUGGUGUUUGAUGUCACAGCUGCCAGCAGCCACUGGUCAGUGGAUCAGAAACCCACCCUGGGGCUGCGGCUCUGUGUGGAGACAGACGAUGGGCACAGCGUGGAUCCAGGCUCAGCUGGGCUCCUGGGGCGCCGGGGACCCCGCUCCAAGCAGCCCUUCAUGGUGACAUUUUUCCGGGCCAGCCCCAGCCCCUCCCGUGUCACACGAGCAGCCAAAACCCCGAGGAGGCGACAGCCCAAAAAAUCCAACGACCUCCCCCACCCAAACAAGCUCCCAGGAAUUUUUGAUGAUGUCCACGCCACGGAUGGGCGGCAGGUCUGCCGGCGCCACGAGCUCUACGUCAGCUUCCAGGACCUUGGCUGGCUGGACUGGGUGAUUGCUCCACAGGGAUACUCAGCCUACUACUGUGAGGGGGAGUGUGCAUUCCCACUGGACUCCUGCAUGAACGCCACCAACCACGCCAUCCUGCAGUCCCUGGUCCACCUGAUGAAGCCUGAGGCCGUGCCCAAGGCAUGCUGUGCCCCCACCAAGCUCAGUGCCACCUCUGUCCUCUACUACGACAGCAACAACAACGUCAUCCUCAAAAAGCAUCGGAACAUGGUGGUGAAAUCCUGCGGCUGCCACUGA